GGCUGUUGACUCGCUCGCAGGUCUAACUACAGAUUUUUUUCGCAUAAAUUCCACAUUUAUCAUAUCGCGAGUGUUAUGAAAAUAUUUUUAAUCGUUUCAAAAACAAAAGAUUGUCGAAUUGAUAGAGAGAAUUUAAACAGAACGCUACUAAAUAUAAAUUAACCACAAUGGGAGAAGUUGGAACAGAAAUCGAGCCGACAGCGCAGAUAAAAAUGAAUGGAGAAUUAAACGGAAAUCACGUUGAGCAGGAUCAGGAAAUGGAGGUUGAUUCUGCAGCAGAUUUAAAGAAAACAAUUAAAGACAAUGAAAAUGAACCAAAAGUUUUGCCAAGUAGUAACAAUAGUAACAAUACAAAUGGGAAAGAGGAGAAUAAAAACGAUUCAAAGGAAGUUAUGGAUGUAGAUGACAAUGAAUCAUUAAAUGGCGAUCAAAUGCCAUCACAACCAGAAGAAGUAACAAUUCCAGAUUCAGCUGAUAAUAAUAGUGAAGACGGUACAAUGGAUUCUGAGAGGGAUGUUUUAGCUCUUCCAGAAGAUCAAAAUAAUAAAAUCACAAAUAAUCACCAAAGUGACGAAACUGCUGUCGUAUUAUCUGAUUCUUCAGACGAGUCGGAUUCAGAAGAAGAUAAUUCAUCGGCUACAUCGAAAUUCCGUUCUGCUGAAAGAUCAGCUGCUGUUAGUGAAAGUGAAGGAAUUUCAAAUGGUGCAACAAGCACAAAUCAAAGUAGGAUGGAAUUUGAAGAUGAUGACGAUAAACCAGUAAGCAUUCAUUCCGAUUCGGAUGAGAAAGAUGACUGUAUAAUGAUAGAUGAUGAGAGUAAGAAAGGAUCAGCAGCAACCAGUGAAAAGUCAUCGCCUCGACGUCCACGUAAAAGUAAUUUACAAUCUGUAACAGAUUUCGAUGAUGAUAUAGAGGAGAUUGUAGAGGAUCCAUUAGAAGUUGAUAAUCCAGCAAAAAGGAUUAAACUUAGUGGUACGACAAUAACUAGUGUUGAUUUAAGUCGGCCAUCGUCUUCAUCAUCUGCCUCGUCAAGUUAUCCUGUAAAUUUGUCUACAAAUAGUCGUUCAAGCUCGGGAAGUUCGCAAGCACUUAAUUUAACAACGAAAUCAAGUACAUCACUUCUUAAUCCAUUUGCAACCCAAGCUGCUCAAGCAUCUGCUUCCAAUUCAACGACAUUACUUCCGAAUCUCACUGACGAUAUGUUUGUUUUGGAAGCUCCCUCAUUUAUUGUUCCAUAUAUUUAUGAAAAACCACCAUCGACUAGUUUAAAGGAAAUUGUAAGUGAAAUUGGAAAGACUAUAUCACCAGACAAGUUGAAAAAUGAUAAGAAAUCGUUACAAGACGAAUUAAUGGGAGUUGAUUCGGAAUCAAAUCAAAAAUCGGGCGAUAGUUCUGAGGAUGAAGAAAAAGUAAAGCCAACUAAGAAUAAAGGAGGCAGACCAAAACGUGGUGCAACAACUGGUGAUGAAUCUUGGGAUGAAUAUAACACAUCAACAGACGAUGAAGCUUCAGAUAGUGAAAAGAGAACAAAGGUGCUAAUUAAAGAAUCUCAUGCUGACAUUGAAUCAAUUAAAACACACAUUAUCAGCUCAGAUAAUAUGGGAAUUGGUGGCGAUUCAAAGAGUGAUUCAUAUUUCGAGAGUCCUUUGGGCAAGUUCUUUAUGACAAUUGGUAUAAAUUUGGUACAAGAAUAUGUACAAAGUGAUUUAUUACGACAACAAAAAAAGAAACGUGAAAAGGAAGGUAAAGCUCCAUCAACAGCCACACAAAUGGCAAUCAAUUCAUUGCAAAAGAGCUUAGAGAUGUCAAAGGAGAAUAAUGCACCAUUCAAGCAUAAGAUGAAGCGUUGCGAGUCUUGUCCAUUCAAAACUGAGUCCGAAUUAGUUCUCUCAAUGCACUACGAAAUUCCACAUCAAAAAAAUAAUGUCUACAAAUGUAAUUAUUGCGAAUAUGAAGCAAGGCCCGUACAUGACAUUUUAUAUCAUAUGGAAGCAAUUCAUAACAUUAAAGGUCGUCUUGAGAAACCAUUCAGCUACCAUUUGUGCCCCAACUGUCCAUUCGAGGAUAAUGGUAAAUCCAAAAUGAUUCGACAUGAAGCUGCAUGCGUUAAGAAAUACAAGCCAGACAUGAAUCUGAACCCGCCUCUUGAUUGGGAACCUCCAGCUAAAAUUCCAAGAAUUAAGGCCAAACAUGGCUUAGUCGGAGCCGCAACUGCUUAUCAGGCAAUGGCUGCGCAACAACAACAAAGAGCUGCUCAAGCAAAUGCUGUCGCUGCUAAUAUUAGUGCAUUACAACGCAACAAUACGUCUAUCAAUAGCACUAACAUGAAAGGUCGUCAAAGAGUCGGUCAAAAUAUUCAGAAACCUCAACUCAACGCAAAUUCAAUGCGAAAUAAUCAGUUUAAGAAUUUCAAUCCAAGCAUGCUUUCAAACAAUUAUCAACUUGCUGCUGCUACAUUGGCAGCCGCAAACACUCAGUUCCUUCAGCAGGUUGUUGCUCAGAAACUGGCAAUGUUAAAUCCUGCAGCCGCUGCAGCAGCAGCAAGCUCAUCAUUCUUAUCUUCCUUGACAAAUGCAGCAGCUUCGACUACUCCAAAAUCUACAAAAUCAAGUGGAUCAACGCCGAGCAUUUCAAUAACACCAUUACCAAGACAACAACAGCAACAGCAAGCUGCUGGAAUGAAACCUGGCCAAAGUCCAAGUGGUGGAAAGCCGCAGUUUGUCAUAUGCGAAAUUUGUGAUGGAUAUAUUAAAGAUUUGGAUCAAUUGCGUAAUCACAUGCAGUGGAUUCAUAAAGUGAAGAUUCAUCCGAAAAUGAUAUACAAUAGACCACCAUUGAAUUGCCAAAAAUGUCAGUAUCGUUUCUUCACAGAUCAAGGUCUUGAACGUCAUUUGCUGGGUUCGCACGGACUUGUCACAAGCUCUAUGCAAGAAGCAGCCAACAAUGGAAAAGAUUCUGGUCGAUGUCCCGUUUGUGGAAAGGUCUUUCAAUGGAAACUUCUUAAUCAUGUUUCACGUGAUCACAAUAUGACACUAAAGCCCGCCCAUUUAUCAUAUAAGUGUACUGUUUGUACGGCAACAUUUGGCAUGUAUAAACUAUUUGAGAAUCACGUCUAUUCUGCUCACAGUACUGUUGCAAAGAAAGAUAAUAAGGCCAAAUCCGCAACAUCCACAUCAAGUUCAACAUCUCGAAGUGGUGACUCUCUCCUUAAACCCCUUAAAAUUAACGAUGAAAUCACAAUAAUUCCACAACCUGCAAAGAGAAUGAAUGAUAUUGAAAGCCACGUUAUCGAUUGAGUUCAAGCAUAGUAUACAACAUCAUUAGAUCCAUCGUCAUCCUGUUUUUUGGCAGCCUAUGAAUGAUAAGAACUAGUUUUUACAAUUAUUUUACUCCUUUUCUCGUUAAACUGAAAGAAAUAACCAACAGAAUGUAACAACUAAGUGAACUGGAUAUGCUGUAGUAGUAAUGUACUCAGAUACUUUAUUUCUCUUUCCCUUAAACUGUGAAUUUUCAUUUUUAUUAAUCACAUUCAUUUUUUUUUUAAAAAAAAGGAAAUACUAAAAAGAUAUGUAGCUACUACAAAAGCUUUCCACACAUUCAAAGAAAAAAAAAUAUGAAAAUAUACACAAAAUAUAAAAAUAAAGAACUAAAAUUAUUACAACAAUAAUAAGUAAUUAAAUAGAUGAUGAAGAAGAAGAAGUAAUAUUAUAUAAAAUUGUGUAAAUACUUGAGGACUUAAACUAUAUAGAAAUUUUUAUGCGAUGUCAAAUUUUUAAGGACGGUAUGGAAUGGAUUGAAUUGUAAAAAGAGGAAUAAAACUUUAAAAUUAUUUAAACUUUCGUUAGGUAAAAAGAACUAAAUUUGAAAAAAUAUCCGAGGUCCAAGUUGUUGAGCUAGCUAGCAAGUUCCAUGGACUUUGGCUUCUGAAAAGAAUCAUUAUUAAAACGUGAAAAUGCAGGAAAGAUCAAUACAAUAGUUAUUAAUUAAUUAAUUUAAUCUUAAUGAUUUUUAUUAUUAAAAAUUCUUUCUUUCUCCUUAAUUUAAUUAAUCAUGUUUUUUUUUUCUUAACCGGAGAUAUAGAUUACAUAUUUAAUUUAUCUAGUUUUGAAUAUGUCUUAAAAACAUAAUUUUUUCUCCCUUCAUAUUAAUGUGUAUCUAUUUCAUAAAGUAUUUUUUAAUUUUAGGAGAUAAUCUUGAAUAAAAUUUCAGAAGAACUUGAGAUGAACUCAA